UAACACUUGUUUGUCUGGCGCCGCGCAUCGCAAUCUCGCGCAACCUAAACCCGGCCGCUUCGGAUAGACCACCGCUCUGCGCUUCUCUUCUCCUCCGAAGCAAUCGGAGGGCCUGUGGCGACUCUUCGAGAUGCUCAUUCUCAAUCUUCCGCCAAGCGAUGCCCUUCUCACCUGCAGGGUCUCCGCCAGAUCACGCCGCCGCUCCGCCGCCGACCUCCACGGGUCUCCGCCUGCCUUUCUCCCUCUCCGACCACCCCAUCCCUUCCACCUAUGGGGGAAAACGGUCUAUGGAGAUUGGAAUCGCCGUGAGACGGUGGUACUCCAGCAGAUCAAUGCCCGUCGAAAUGGAGACGCCGGUGACAAGGAGGAUGAUUUCAUUACUAAGGUUUUAAAAGAGAACCCUAGCCAGGUGGAGCCCAAAUUUCUGGUCGGAGAUCGGUUUGUUACGCUGAGGGAGAAGUACGUAGAGGCGAAGGGUUCGGAUUCUGGAUUAACUCAGCUUGUCAAACGACUGUUAGGGCAGUCUACGAUUGGGAAGGAGGAGAGUGGGACCGGUGGUGGGAAGAAAGGCGAGGCAGAAAAUCCGGUGUAUCUCAAGGACCUUCUGAGGGAGUUCAAGGGUAAACUUUAUGUUCCUGAAGAGGUGUUCAAGGAGAAUUUAUCCGAAGAGGAAGAGUUCGACAAUAACAUACAGGAGCUUCCGUGGAUGAGUUUCGAGGAUUUUCAGAAACACGUUAGUGCUGGAAAAGUAAAGUUGUUGACAUCGAAGUCGAUAAUCGACGACUCUUCUGAAUUCCAAUACAGAUAUUUUGUUGUCCAUUUGAAGGAGAUUCCAGGUGACGAAAACAUUCAAAAAACAAAAUGGGUGAUUAGGCUAAAUUCAGAUCAAGCACGGGUAGCAUUGGAGGAAUACAGAGGACCACAGUAUGAAAUUGAGAAACAUACCACGUCCUACAUCAGCAAGUUACAUGAAUACCCACACCCUGUAGCAUCUUCAAUUACAAGCAGAUUCUUGGUUGAACUUGGGAUGAUGACAGCAGUAAUAGCUGCUGCUGCAGCUGUGAUUGCAGGUUUUGCAGCAUCUGCAGCUUUUGCUGUAACCAGUUUUCUGUAUGCUGCUACUGCAUAUGUUGUAUGGCCUCUAUCUAAGCCUGUUGUGAAGUUUGUGCUGGGUAUAAUCUCCAGUAUUGCAGAACGAAUAUGGGAAAAUAUUCUUGAUUUGUUCACUGAAGGUGGAUUUUUCUCCAGAAUGUAUGGAUUCUACACUUAUGGUGGUGUCUCUGCUAGCUUGCAAAUGUUAAAACCCAUCAUGUUAGUUCUUGUUACAAUGGUUCUCCUUGUCCGAUUUACUCUGUCAAGAAGACCGAAGAAUUAUAGGAAAUGGGAUAUAUGGCAAGGGAUUGAAUUUGGACACUCCAAACCACAGGCACGAGUUGAUGGUUCUACUGGAGUCAAAUUCAGUGAUGUGGCAGGGAUAGAUGAUGCAGUAGAAGAACUGCAGGAGCUUGUGAGAUAUUUGAAGAAUCCAGAACUAUUUGAUAAGAUGGGGAUUAAACCUCCCCAUGGGGUGCUUUUGGAGGGCCCCCCUGGCUGUGGAAAGACUCUUGUUGCAAAGGCAAUUGCUGGUGAAGCUGGUGUACCAUUUUAUCAAAUGGCUGGUUCUGAGUUUGUUGAAGUUCUGGUUGGUGUUGGUUCUGCUCGUAUAAGGGACCUUUUUAAGAGAGCUAAGGUAAACAGACCAGCAGUUGUAUUUGUUGAUGAGAUUGACGCAUUGGGAACUAGGCGCCAAGGAAUUUACAAGAAAACUACCAACCACCUUUACAAUGCGGCAACUCAAGAGAGAGAGACUACACUUAACCAACUACUGAUAGAGCUUGAUGGUUUUGAUACCGGAAAAGGUGUGAUUUUUAUAGGUGCUACAAAUCGUAGGGAUCUAUUAGAUCCUGCACUUCUUCGACCUGGUCGCUUUGACCGCAAGAUAAGAAUUCGUCCUCCUGGGGCAAAGGGACGACUUGAUAUCUUGAGGGUUCAUGCUCGUAAAGUUAAAAUGUCACCAACUGUUGAUUUGUCAACAUAUGCUAAAAAUUUGCCUGGAUGGUCAGGAGCUAAGCUAGCGCAGUUGGUGCAAGAUGCUGCCCUGGUAUCAGUCAGGAAUGGACAUGAAUUUAUCCUUCAGUCCGACAUGGAUGAUGCAGUUGAUCGGUUGACAAUAGGACCUAAGCGCUCAGGAAUUGACUUGGGUCAUCAAGGGCAAUGUCGAAGGGCUGUUACCGAGGUUGGAGUUGCUUUAACUUCACAUUUACUGAGGCGGUAUGAAAAUGCCAAUGUUGAAUUAUGCGAUAGGAUUUCAAUAAUUCCUCGGGGCCAGAGUCUUUCUCAAAUUGUAUUUAAUCAUCUUGAUGAUGAAGCAUACGUGUUUGAAAGAAGGCCCCAGUUACUGCAUCGGCUGCAGGUAUUCCUGGGGGGAAGAGUAGCAGAAGAGAUUAUAUAUGGACGAGACACUUCGAAAGCUUCCUUGAAGUACCUUCAAGACGCCACCUACCUUGCUCGGAAAAUUCUAACUAUUUGGAAUUUGGAAAAUCCUAUGACCAUACAUGGAGAGCCAAGUCCUUGGCGAAAGAAACCCAAGUUUGUAGGUCCGCGCUUGGAUUUUGAAGGCUCACUGUACAAGCAUUACGGACUCAUUGAACCUCCAAUCAAUUUGGAUUUGGAUGACAAUGUUGCCCAGAGAACAGAAGAAAUAUUAUGUGACUUGUAUGAACAGACUUAUUCCAUGUUGAGGAGACAUUCUGCGGCUCUCGUGAAAACAGUGAAGGUUCUUUUGGAUAACAAGGAAAUCAGGGGAAAUCAAAUUGAGUUUAUCCUUGAUAGUUACCCUAUAGAGACUCCGGUGAAGGUCGUCCUGGCGGAGAAUAAUCCAGGGAGCCUGCCAUUCUUCGAGGAACAUGGAGACAACAUGGCACUGCCUCCUGAACUGCUUCAAGUUGAGGAAGCUGAAGCAGCAGUGCAGUAAGCCAUCGCAUGUGUAGCUUUGUUUCAAUUCCAUAGCACAUAUGAAACAUCAUGGCGUCUAGAUAUUUUAUCAGCCAGAGUUGACGUGCACAGACAUUCACCUGGAACAUCUGCUGGCCCUUCAUUUAAACAGGAAUUUUGCUUUAGUUCUGUGACCACCUCGAGGCAUCAAUCAAAUGUAGUUUAUUUGUCGAACCAUAUUGGAUUGAGCAGGGGUUGCGAGGAACCCAAAAUCUGAUGUAAAAUGCUAUAGAGUUUAGUUCCCAAAGUACAAGCAGCAGAGGCAGCUAAACCAGAGCACCGUUGCAUUAACGCGAGAAAAACAGCAAAGAGACAAGUGUGUGGAAGCGGAAGCAUGCUUGAGGCACUCGGACAAGCCACAGCACUGCGUAGAAUGGCUUCUGGUAAAGCACGGGGUAGACGAUGGUAGGUCGAAUAGGCCUCCCCAUGUGCGCACUGUACUCUGCUGCAGGCUGCAGCUUCCUUUUACUUUCCCUUUUAUCGAUACACCGUCGUCUACAUUUAUUUGUGGCUUUUGUUUUUGUUAUCAUCUGAAACAUCCAAUUGCUCGUAAUAAUGAUUUUUCGCAUUAAGUAACCA